AUGGCGCCCCUCGUCGACAACUCCCAGAUCAAGAGCGCCGAGCUGCUCGUUCCGCUGUCGGUGCACUACCACGCCUACGUCUGGCCCUUCGUGGUCGCUUGGCCCGUCUUCCUCUACUACUACCUGACCCCCGAGCUCUACGAAAAGCACAUCGGUGCGCCCGAGUGGACCUUUGUCUGGGUCGGCACCAUUCUGACCCUGCAGAGCUUGACCUGGUUGAGCACGAACUGGAGCGUCGAUAUCAAGGCCCUCUUCACUGCGACCAAGGCCAAGACCGUUGCCGAUGCGAAGCUCAUCAAGGUCGUCCCCGUCGCCAACGCCGGUGUCGCGGAGAUCUGCAAGCUGGAGACCGAUCAGAUUGCUGGCAAGAACACCACGUCUUUCCUCUUCCAGAAGCGCCGCUUCCUCUACUCGCCGGAGACCAAUUCUUUUGCGACCAUCGCCUACGAGAUCGACAGCGACCCCAAGCCCCAGCUGGGCCAGUUCCAGCGCUCCAAAGGCAUCGCCACCUCCGCCGAGCUCGACCGCCUCGAGCAGCACUACGGCUCCAACACCUUCGACAUCCCUGUGCCCACGUUCACCGAGCUGUUCCGCGAGCAUGCCGUCGCUCCGUUCUUCGUCUUCCAGGUUUUCUGCGUCGGUCUGUGGAUGCUCGACGAGUACUGGUACUACUCGCUGUUCACCCUGUUCAUGCUUGUCGUCUUCGAGAGCACCGUCGUGUGGCAGCGCCAGCGCACCCUGAACGAGUUCCGCAGCAUGAGCAUCAAGCCGUACGACAUGUGGGUGUACCGUCUCGGCCGCUGGACUGAGGUCCUCAGCGACCACCUGCUCCCCGGCGAUCUCGUCUCUGUGUCCCGCACCAAGGAAGAUAGCGGUGUUGCUUGCGACAUGCUGCUCGUUGAGGGCACGGCCAUUGUCAACGAGGCCAUGCUGUCUGGCGAGAGCACCCCGCUCCUGAAGGACUCUAUCCAGCUGCGCCCCGCCGACGCGCCCAUUGAGACCGAGGGCCUGGACAAGAAUGCCUUCCUCUGGGGCGGCACGAAGGUCCUGCAGGUUACCCACGGCAACCCCGACGACGCCAAGCCCAAGCUUGCCAGCGGCGUGCCGACCCCGCCCGACAACGGCGUCAUGGCCGUCGUCAUCAAGACCGGUUUCGAGACCUCGCAGGGCAGCCUUGUCCGGACCAUGAUCUACUCCACCGAGCGCGUGUCCGCUAACAACGCAGAGGCGCUUUGGUUCAUCCUGUUCCUGCUUGUCUUCGCCCUGGCCGCCUCGUGGUACGUCUGGGACGAGGGCGUCAAGAAGGACCGCAAGCGCUCCAAGCUGCUCCUCGACUGCAUCCUUAUCGUCACCAGCGUUGUCCCGCCCGAGCUGCCCAUGGAGCUGAGUCUGGCCGUCAACACCAGCCUUGCUGCCCUCGCCAAGUUUGCCAUCUUCUGUACCGAGCCCUUCCGUAUCCCCUUCGCCGGUCGUAUCGACGUCGCCUGCUUCGACAAGACCGGUACCUUGACGGGCGAGGACCUCGUUGUUGAGGGUGUUGCUGGCCUCGGCCUCGGUCAGACCGGUUCCUCGACCCCGCGCGAGGCUGACGGUGCCCACAGCCAUAUGACCCCUGUUAGCGAAAUCGGCCUCGAGACGACGCUUGUCCUCGCCAGUGCCCACGCGCUCGUCAAGCUUGACGAGGGCGAGGUCGUCGGUGACCCCAUGGAGAAGGCGACCCUGGAGGCCCUCGGCUGGACCCUCGGCCGCAACGACAUCCUGACCAACAAGCAAGCGACCGCCGCCGCGACCUCCAUCUCCGGCACUGUCCAGGUCAAGCGGCGUUUCCAGUUCUCAUCCGCUCUCAAGCGUCAGAGCUCUGUCGCGACUGUUCAUGCCAAGGACCCCAAGACCGGCAACCGCAUCCAGGGCUCGUUUGUCGCCGUCAAGGGUGCGCCCGAGACCAUUCUGAAGAUGCUUGUCACCGUGCCCGCCGACUACGAGGAGACCUUCAAGUAUUUUACGCGCAGAGGCUCGCGUGUGCUUGCUCUUGCCUACAAGCAGCUGACCACCGACAACGAGCUGGGCGCCAGCAAGAUCAACGACCUCAAACGCGAGAAUGUCGAGGCGAGCCUGACUUUUGCCGGCUUCCUGGUCCUGCACUGCCCGCUCAAGGACGACGCCAAGGAAGCCGUGCAGAUGCUCAACGAAAGCAGCCACCGUGUUGUCAUGAUCACCGGCGACAACCCGCUGACUGCCGUCCACGUCGCCCGCGAGGUGGAGAUUGUUGACCGCGAUGUUCUCAUUCUCGACGUGCCCGACCACAGCGACGGCGGCAAGGAUCUCGUCUGGCACAGCGUCGACGACAAGGUGCACAUCAAGGUGGACGCAACCAAGCCUCUGGACCGCGAAAUUCUCAAGACCAAAGACCUUUGCGUGACGGGCUACGCCUUGUCCCAGUUCAAGGACCAGGUGGGCUGGAACGACAUCCUGCGCCACGCCUGGGUGUACGCUCGCGUGUCGCCCAAGCAGAAGGAGGAGAUUCUCUUGGGCCUCAAGGACAUGGGCUACUACACCCUGAUGGCUGGCGAUGGCACCAACGACGUGGGCGCUCUCAAGCAGGCGCACAUUGGCGUUGCGCUCCUCAACGGUACCCAGGAGGACCUGACGCGCAUCGCCGAGCACUCACGCAACACCAAGAUGAAGGAUAUGUACCAGAAGCAGGUCGAACUGCUGAAGCGCUGGAACCAGCCUGCCCCGCCUGUCCCUGUCUUGAUUGCCCACCUGUACCCGCCUGGCCCGAGCAACCCAAACCUGCCCAAAGCGAUCGAGCGCGAGGCCAAGCGCAAGAACAUGACCCCCGACGACUAUGCCAAGGCCUACGUGCCGAAGGCCACCGCCCUCGAGACUGUGACCAGCCCCGCGGCCCAGCAGCUGAUCAACCAGCGCGACCCCCGAAACCAGAACAAUGUGCAGGCGAAGGCCGCCAGCCUGGCCGACCAGUUCACGGCCAGCAUGAUGGACGCCGAGCUCGACGACAGCGAGCCGCCGACCCUCAAGCUGGGCGAUGCUUCAGUAGCCGCCCCCUUCACGUCCAAGCUGCGCAACGUUAUCGCCAUCCCCAAUAUCAUUCGCCAGGGCCGGUGCACGCUGGUCGCCACGAUCCAGAUGUACAAGAUUCUCGCGCUCAACUGUCUGAUUUCGGCCUACAGCUUGAGUGUUCUGUACCUGGAGGGCAUCAAGUUUGGCGACGGCCAGUACACAAUCAGCGGCAUGCUCAUGAGCGUCUGCUUCCUGUCCAUCUCUCGCGCGCGCUCGGUUGAGGGCCUCUCCAAGGAGCGCCCGCAGCCCAACAUCUUCAACGUCUACAUCAUUGGUUCUAUUCUUGGCCAGUUCGCCGUCCACGUCGUCACCCUUAUCUACGUUGCUCGCCUGUGCGACCGUCUUGACCCCCGGAGCGGUGACAUCGACCUGGAGGCCGAGUUUUCGCCGUCGCUGCUGAACAGCGCCGUCUACCUUUUGCAGCUGAUCCAGCAGAUCUCCACGUUCGCCGUCAACUACCAGGGCCGCCCCUUCCGCGAGUCGCUGUCGGAGAACCGCGGCAUGUUCUACGGUAUUGUCGGUGUGACGGGCAUUGCCUUUGCGUGCAGCACCGAGUUCAUCCCGGAGCUCAACGUGGCCAUGAAGCUCGUGCCGUUCAGCAGCGAGUUCAAGACCACCAUGACGACGGUCAUGGUUGUCGACUACGUCGCCUGCUACCUCAUCGAGAUUGUCCUCAAGUACCUCUUCUCCGACCUGGCCGCGCGCGACAUUGCCGAGCGCCGCCCCGACCAGCUGGCACGUGAAAAGGUCCGCAAGGAGGCCGCUGCCAAGGCCAAGAUUGAGGAGGAGAACCGGGCGCAGGCCGAGAAGGUGGCCGAGUUUGAGCGCAAGCAGCAGGAGAAGAUUGCCGAGCUGGAGCGCAAGCAGGCGGAGCGGGAGCAGCGGCUGCGGCAAGUCCAGCAGCGGUAA